CAGGACGCGGCGCAGGUCAGCGCAUCUCGCAGCCCCCGGCAGGACGCGGCCGCCGCAGCCCGUGCGCCCCUGGCCCUGCGCCCUCGCCGUGCGCCCCUGGCCCUGCGCCCUGCGCCCCGAGCCCGAUCACCCUUCAGCAUAAAACGUGAGAAUUUAAAAACUGAGAUUUCUCUAAAAUGUCGUACAGACAGGAAUUGGAGAAAUACCGUGAUCUGGAUGAGGAUAAGAUCCUUAGUGCAUUGACAGAAGAAGAGCUCAGGACACUGGAGAAUGAACUGGAAGAGCUAGACCCUGAUAAUGAUCUGCUGCCUGUGGGACUCAGACAGAGGGACCAGACCAAAAAGACACCAACUGGCCCAUUCAAAAGGGAUGAGCUUCUGGACCACCUAGAAAAGCAGGCAAAAGAUAUGAAAGAUCGAGAAGACCUGGUCCCUUUCACAGGAGAAAAGAGAGGAAAAGUCUGGGUCCCCAAGGAGAAGCCAAUUGAUCCUGUUUUGGAAAGAGUAACACUGGAGCCAGAGCUGGAGGAAGCCCUGGCUAAUGCGUCUGAUGCAGAACUCUGCGACAUCGCUGCUAUCCUUGGCAUGCAUACGUUGAUGAGUAACCAGCAGUACUACGAGGCACUCGGGAGCACCACUAUCGUUAACAAGGAAGGCCUCAACAGUGUGAUUAAGCCAACACAAUAUAAACCAGUUCCCGAUGAAGAACCCAAUUCAACAGAUGUAGAAGAAACUUUGGAACGAGUGAAGAACAAUGACCCUAAACUCGAGGAAGUCAACCUUAAUAAUAUCAGGAAUAUUCCCAUACCGACUUUAAAAGCAUAUGCUGAAGCACUGAAGAAUAAUUCCUAUGUAAAGAAAUUAAGCAUAGUAGGAACAAGAAGCAAUGACCCUGUAGCCUAUGCACUGGCUGAGAUGUUAAAAGCCAACGGUGUAUUGAAGAGCUUGAAUGUGGAAUCCAACUUCAUUUCUGGGUCCGGGAUCCUGGCUCUGAUCGAAGCACUCCAGCACAAUACUUCAUUGAUCGAGCUCAAAAUUGACAACCAGAGCCAGCCGCUGGGCAACAAGGUGGAAAUGGAGAUUGCAAACAUGUUAGAACAAAAUAGCUCCCUUUUGAAGUUCGGGUAUCACUUUACACAGCAAGGUCCCCGGCUUCGUGCAUCUAACUCCAUGAUGAACAACAACGACCUUGCUCGUAUACGUCGCUCUGAUGGCCCCUGGCAUAACUUCUCGGCUCUGCAACUGGACGAUGUAUAAUGAGGAAGAGGAGACUUGCAGACUUGAAUGGGCCUUUCUAUCCCAAGUGCCGAACUGGGGUGUAGUUCCCGGCUGUGAAGAUCGUGCCUGGUGGUUUGUGCUAUACCCUGGAAAUCCGAAGGCAAAGUGCCUGCACACAAAUAUCUGUGGUGCCUCAGUUCUGUGUUGCAUAAUUAUGCACUAAAGGUUUAAAUUAACUAGCGAUUGUAGGUGAUGAUUUGAUCAAAUAUCACUAAUGAUGUUUUCUUUAGAGUCAAGCCAAGUCAGUCCAGUUGCCCGUUUUAAGCAGGCUUGGUUUAGAAUACGUCACAGCACAACAGUGACUGUCAAUUCACUCACGACUUAAUUCCUCUUAGGAUUUCCGGUGUGGUUUUUCAGAUAUAUUUAGGAUGUGUUAUGCAUGAGUGGAAAAAAUUACUGCGCUACACAAGUUGCAUAAGUAUUUAAAAAAAUACUUUAUUUUUUCAACUUGCUUAUCUGUUUGACAAGCUCUACUCUCCCACCACAAUGCUAGCCCAUCCCUUUCAAGGACUUGUCAAUUACAAUUAAUUACCAACAUUUGCUGACUUUAUUUGCAGACAAGAUGUCAAAAGCACCCAUAUUUCCCCCAAAAAGAAUUCAUGUCUUUUGUAUUCAUCCCCUCCCCCCCAUGAAAAGAAUGUAAGGCCACUGAUUAUAGAGUAAUGGCUCCAUAAAAACAGAGCAGUGAGUAUUAGAUGGGACGUUAAAAUCUUCCUGUCUCCUUUCGCAGGGAUAUGGAAAACCAUUGCUUUAAGAGAUUGGGAAUGAAAUCCUGACUCCACUGAAGUCAGGCCAGGGGCGGCUCUAGGAAUUCCGCCGCCCCAAGCAGAGCGGCGCGCCGCGGGGGGCGCUCUGGCAGUCGC